AUGUCUUACGGAAGAUCUUGGAAGGAAGGUGAAGGGGAUUUCCUGCUCGUAGUAUCUGGUACCACCCGCUAUGCACCCUACUUGACCGGAUGGCAAGAGUUCAAAGACCAUCUUCGAAAAGUGGUCAAAGAACAGCCGGGUUGGGCUGAUGUGUACUCAAGCCAAGGCCAACGGCGAGGAGAAAUGCAGGGGUGGUGUCGGCUCAAGGACAAGGAAGACGCGGAUGCUGUGUACAAGGUCUACUACCGAGCCAAAGGCAUGUUGGUGCACGUGUGGGAGACGAACCGCAAGGGUGAGGGUUACCGACUGAUGCGAUGCAAUUGUUCAACACUGUUCCCUGAGUUGCCCGACGGUGGUCAUUCCUCACAGCAUUGCGGUAUUGAUAUUGGAAGAGUCAAUCAGUUGGGCGGCAGCAGAGGAGCCACUACAAUGGUACCGACGCCAUAUACCACAGCACAGUCCAGGUACUCGACUGGGAUGUAUCAGCAGGGCUAUGCUUCUCAGCCGCCCUUAUACAAUAUUGCCCCAGUCUACCCGGCCUAUGCUUUGCCAUCGCCACCUAUCUACUCGACGAGCACCAACGGAAUGCCGGUAAACGUCCGAGGUGGGGCAAUACUUACCGAAGCUCGUGGUAUAUUCAUUCGCAACUUGAGUUACAAGUGCACCCCUCAGGAUCUCAAUGGAUUGCUCCUUCAAACUGUCGGAUAUCCCAUCGAUAUCCAGUUCCUCCGCGAUGGCAAGACCGGCGUGUUCAAAGGUGUGGCAACCGUCAAAUUUGCAUCCAAGGAGUUGGCGCAACACGCGGCAAAUACGCUGAAUGGCAGGGAUCACAUGGGACUGAAGCUCCACGUGCGCAUGGACGUCGAUACUACGGUUGUAGGACGAGCUGAACCCAUGGUGGUAAAUGGGUCGUACACGCAGUGAAACUUAGUAAUUCAAACCGGCCUUUAUCUCGGGCUUAACGGUUUCCAGGGUGAAUGCAGGCGUCAAACAAGGGUCAAAGACACGGCACCCACAUGGACGGGCAAGGAUGAGGCAUGGUGAAAAGGCGUCGUUCCACCACGUUAUUUCAGUGGCAGAAAUUGUUCUAGUAGCAGCCCACGAUUCAUGAUAUAGCUAUUGAAUAACGUAGAAAAAGUAUGGCAACAGGGCGUUGCUUCAUCUCGG